CGGGGCACCCAGGCGAGCCCGACCCGGAGGCCUUCUGCGUGCUGGCGCCCACCCUUCGUACCCCAAGCCCCGCGGCUCGGUGGCAGACAAACGCUACGCCGGGAGACCAAGGGGCCAAACGCUUCGCUACGGAGUCCGGGGUGAAGCCUCCCGGGAGCGCGAGCUGAUUGGGUCCUUGGCGGGGGCGGGGCUUCGAGGGGUGUGGCCUACACUAGGCGCAUGGCCGCCUCACUCAGGCCCUGGAAGACCUUAGAGCUCCGCUCCCGUGCCAUGAUCUGAAGCCAAAGAACGCUGACCAUGGCAAUGACUCUGGGUUACUGGGACAUUCGCGGGCUGGCUCACGCCAUCCGCCUGCUGCUGGAGUACACAGACUCCAGCUACCAGGAGAAGCGGUACACGAUGGGGGACGCUCCUGACUUCGACAGAAGCCAGUGGCUGAAUGAGAAGUUCAAGCUGGGCCUGGACUUCCCCAAUCUGCCCUACUUGAUUGACGGGGCUCACAGGCUCACCCAGAGCAAUGCCAUCCUUCGCUACAUCGCUCGCAAGCACAACCUCUGUGGGGAGACGGAGGAGGAGAAGAUUCGCGUGGACAUUUUGGAGAACGAGGCCAUGGAUACGUCCAAUCAGUUGGCCAAUGUCUGCUACAGCCCUGACUAUGAGAAACUGAAGCCUGAGUACCUGAAGGUGCUGCCUGAGAAGAUGAAGCUCUUCUCCCAGUUUCUGGGGAAGAGGGCCUGGUUUGCAGGGGACAAGCUCACCUACGUGGACUUCCUGGCGUACGACAUCCUCGACCUGCACCGCAUGUUCGAGCCCAAGUGCCUGGAUGCGUUCCCAAACCUGAAGGACUUCAUUACCCGAAUAGAGGGCCUGAAGAAGAUCUCUGCCUACAUGAAGUCCAGCCGCUUCCUGCCAACCCCUGUGUACACAAAGCCUGCCACGUGGGGCAACAAGUAGGGCCUGCGCCCUGAGAGGCAUUCCUUCAGUCCUUGCAGCUCUGCAAACCGUCUGUCCCGGUGUGCAGCGAACUGGUGGUCUGGUCGGGUGUGGAGCUCCACAACGCAGACCUUCAGACCGCCGAUGGAGCUGCUCAGCCUCUGGGAUCCCGCCCUGCUGACAGGAAAGGUGAUGCAAGUGCGACAUGAGUCACUUAAUAAAGUUUUAUUUUUCAAAAUGUA